AUGGGAAAAGAGAUCCAGUCCCCGCAGGAACAGAGUUCUUACACCGUUGAGCAGCUCGUCGCCGUCAAUCCAUUCAACCCAGAAAUCCUGCCUGAUCUCGAAAACUACGUCAACGAACAGGUUACAUCACAGACGUACAGUCUUGACGCGAAUCUAUGCUUACUUCGGCUCUAUCAGUUUGAGCCUGAGCGCAUGAACACUCAUAUCGUGGCUCAAAUCCUGAUCAAGGCUCUUAUGGCUCUGCCAACUCCAGACUUCAGCCUUUGCCUCUUUUUGAUUCCGGAAAGAGUGCAAAUGGAGGAGCAGUUCAAGGCACUGAUUGUUCUCUCACACUACCUUGAGACUGGGAGGUUCCAACAGUUCUGGGAUGAAGCUGCCAAGAACCGUCACAUUCUCGAGGCUGUUCCAGGUUUUGAGCAAGCUAUCCAAGCAUAUGCAAGUCACCUUCUUAGCUUAAGCUACCAAAAGGUUUCAAGAUCUGUGCUUGCCGAGGCUGUUAACAUGGAUGGUGCGUCGCUAGACAAGUUCGUUGAGCACCAAGUGACGAACAGUGGAUGGAUUGUUGAGAAAGAAGACGGAAGCAUCGUCUUGCCGCAAAAUGAAUUUAACCAUCCGGAGCUUAAGAAGAAUACAAGUGAGAGUGUUCCCUUGGAACACAUCGCCCGCAUCUUCCCCAUCCUUGGUUGA